CAGCUCCUUUUCUGUUGAAAAAAGAAAGAGAAAACGUGAAGUUCCAGCCAGCAUGGCAUGAAAAUUUGGUGAAACGAAUUCGAUUACAACACAGUAAGAUCAAUCCACAUUGCAAAAUAUAAAUGGCCGAAAAGACUUACCGGACCAGUGUAAUAGCGGAGAAUCGAGUCCAGAGAGCCCAAGAUCUUGCGAGUAGAGUAGCAUAGAAAAAUCGCCAUUGAAGUGCAAGAAGCAAGCAACAUAUCGAUCAAUCUUUAUUCAACGAUCAAAUUGAAUUACCAUCUCGCUCUGGGUCUCGAUCUCCACAAGCUGACCUAGCCGAAAAGGAAAUUACAUAGAAAACAAAGAAAUGCCUUACAGGGGAAUAAUGGAAGUGGAGCCGCCGAGUCCAUUGAGAUACAUAAUAGGAGCAGCGAUAAUGAUGAUAGGAGUAGUCUUACCAGUCGGUUACAUGAUGUUUCGUAACAAGCGUGUUCCCUCUUCUUCUUCUUACUCCAAACAGACGUAGGAACAAAGUUUUGAUAUAGACAGAUUGGGACAAGAGACUCUUAGAUACAAUUCAUGGCCGGUUGAGUUAUGAAGAGAAAAUGCAAAAGCAGGUGGUGGUCUUAGCUCGUCUGAAAAUACAAAUGUAAAUGCAUUGAAACUACAAUCUUGUUAGUAUUGAUUUUGUGGGAAUUCUCAUUUGAGUUUAUAAAGUGUAUGGUUUGAAUUAGGACUGCUAUUUUUUAAUCUUUGUACUUGGCAAUUCUAAUUACAUGAGAUUUGUGGUUUUAUUCAA